CUAGUUCCGAGUUUCUCCGUGUGCGUGCUUCACUCUCUCCUCAGUGCUUUUCUCCGUGUGCGUGCGUCCGUUGUCCCGAUCCGAGGGGGAGGUUCUCUUCUCGCGCUUUUCUCAUCUUCCAACCCAUUGGAAACGAGAGAAGGCAAUGUGAGCAGUUUGUCCCAUAUUGGUGAUUGUUGCUUCUUCCACCGUCGUUCUGGAUUUAGUUUUUGG